AUGGAUCCCGACCAGUUGGAAGCACACAAGGAAAAGCUCCGAGACAUUGCGCGCACCGCCUACGACAACCGUGUGCCGUUCAAAAGUAUCACCUCCGAAUGUCAUCGCCAAAUAUUGGACCGCGCCAUCAGAAAUGUUCUGUCAACCGAAUUAGCGCAGUUCACAUACGCCCAGAUUAUAGAUGGCCUCCCCAUUGCGGAUGUCGCCUGGGACCGUCGACUUCCCGGUAUCAUGGGAGAACACAUCAUUAAUGACCAUGAGUCAUUGUGCCCUGGGGCUUUGGAAAAAGCACAUGAAUACUACAAAGUAUGGGGCCCUUCGAGUCUCAAGUUUGAUCCUGAAACUCUAAAGGCCUUUCAAAUCGCCGAGCCUGUCUCCAAACCAUUCAUCAUGCGCCUAAUUGAGUUGGUAGCUGUUUCGUUACAUCAAAUAGCUGUUUGGUUGCAUAAACUCGAACCUCAUCUUCACCAGGGCGAUAUUGACGCUGUCACAUACUGGGAGAUGCCGCUAUCUGAGACGAUGGCUCGAUUUCCGCCUGGGCCAACCCUUUUCAGUCACCACGAUUAUCUUGACGACGAUAUAUAUCCAGAAGGGGUAGCAGAUAUGGUUGGAUACUGGGCUGAGGAUCGCAUUCUCGGCGGCGUGACUGUGUUCGAUCGGCGCCCUGAAAAUCUGGAUGAGAUACCCAACAUCUACUUUCACCCAUGCCGCAAGAGUCAGACGAUAAGGGUGUACCAACUACGAGAUGAGCAGCAGCAGGUCCUCCUUGACUUUCUUCUCCAGGAGGAGGUGGGAUCAUUACCAUCACCUCUGCCGAUUCUUGGCGAUAAGCAGAAUCGCGUGAGAGUUGACGCACCGAGAGCACUCACGCACCAUCAUAUUUACAGAGAUAUCUGGGAAAGACGACCAUUGACUAUCAUAGAGAUGAGAAUAUUUGACAGAAGACCGAAAGACGAGCCUGAUUACCCCGAGGUCGGCGAUAUGAUACGUCGCAUUAACGCGCAGGGCGGCAUUCCGCUACCGCGGCCUCGUCCACGCUCUUUGUCGCCACCGAUGAGAGAUGAUGCCGGGGAGAAGAGCUAUAGAGACAGAGACUAG